CGGUGGCUUUCGGAAGCGCGUUCCGCCGAGGUGUGUGUCAACACGAUCCCGUGUGCGUGUCGGUGUGUGUGCACCACGUGCGUUACGUCGGAUCAGCGUUUUGAGUCAGCUCUUUCCUGUGCCCUGUCAGCCCACCACGACGACGACAGCCCCAUUGUCAAUUCAAAACAAACGCCAAGCCUUCCGUAAGAGUGGCUGCGACAAUCUCCGGUGCUCUGGGCCGAUAGCCAAGUGAAGCCACCGUAGGUGCUCCGUUUCCGGUACGGGAAAAUUUUGAAAAUAGCAUUUCAGUUGCGUUGGUAACCUGGGCGCAAAGUGACGGUUAAGUGGUUUCGAAACCAGCAGCGGUUGGUGGUGUGUCGGUUGUGUCUGUGCGUGGAAAACAGCGAAUGAGUCACGAUGAAUAGGUGCACGGUGAGAAGACUGUUGAUCUGCUUGCUGAUCGCGUUCAUCGGCGCAGCGCACGGUGCCAGCAACUACCUGUACGACUCCGACGAACGGUACCAGCCGUCAGCCAUGAACCAACUGGAAGACGAAGCCGAGGAUACCGAACGAGUGAACCUCGCAGACGAUGGAUACCUUGAAAGCUUUCUUCAACCUGGUGCUUCGAAACGAUCUUCGCUCAUCCAAGUCUACCGGAGAGGAUGUAUUCCGCGGGGCGGUAACUGUGACCAUCGACUGAACGAUUGUUGCCACAAAAGCUCCUGCCGCUGCAACCUGUGGGGCUCCAACUGUCGUUGUCAACGGAUGGGUCUUUUCCAGAAAUGGGGAUGAGCGGCGAACGAGCUGGAUCCUUAAAAUCACACUUUCCUGGCUUUUGUUUUUUCUUUCGUUUCAUUUGACGAUCCAUUACGUUACCUUGCUGACUUCGGUCUUUAGUUUAGUAUACUUUAAUGUUGGCCCUUCUAUGGUUUUCAGCCCUUUUAUCCUUUGCUCCGCCCCUCUUUUCGAUUGUUGUACACACGGAUAAACGAUUCAACGGACACGGCAAACAGGACUACGGCACAUGAAUAAGUAAAACCAUCCGGGAAAUCGACACAUUUCGCACACGGCAAAGCGGACUGGAACACUAACGGAAAAUGGAACAAAGCUAACGUUUGUAAAACAGCACGCCAAAACUUUAAGAAAAUACGACCCAGCUGCUCUGGUGGUGAAUUAAGAGUUUUAUACUAGACAGAGAGAGAUAGAACAACGCAAGGCAAACUUCUUACCUAUACCAUAUUUACAUACAUAUAAACGCAUUUAUACAUAGUGCAUACCUGUAUACAUACACCCUUAUGAAUGGAUAUAUCACAUCACGUCUGCUCUUUGGUAAAUACAACGUCUUGACGAUCGGUGUUACCCACGGGUGAAACAACGAGAGCGGUGGCGCAUUGCGCGAUCUGCUCGUACAGGCAUACGAAGAAGUGUCAGUGGUGCAACUGGUUCAACCUAAACGCUUCCUGUUUUUCGCUGUAAACCCUGCAAUUGGCCCGUAUCGGUGGUGAUGGGUACUGUUGCAAUACCGUUCGCUGGCUGGAACUACUACCUACCACUGGCAGGCGACACGUUUAUGAGUGUAUUCUUAAAACCAAAUUCCACAUUUUACCGAUAAGAGUAUUAAAUUACCCAGCUGCUGCUCGAAGGAGAAUGGGGACACUACGGUAGUAGGUUUGGCAGACAGGUCCGAGUGUCUAGCGUUUGAGAAGGCAGUCGUUGCCGUUGCAAGAAGCAGAUUCGAGGCUAGUGUAUUUUAAGGUGUGUAAAGAACCAUAUUCCUCGUUUUGAGUACGCCAGUGUAUUAAAAGAGAUUUAAAAUCGUAGAUAAUGUGAAAACCUUUAAGAAGCAAUGGAGCCCCCAAUACGACAAGAACCGGGACAUGAUUCGCGGGUGGGAUUUGCGGAAGUGCCAAUGUUAAUUUGCUUUGCAACAGAGGGGGUCAUUUCAUUAGCUUCAUUUUUAGAAAUUCAUCCGGAAAGUCCAGCCAACACAAGCUGUUAGGGAAUGCAAUCGAGGGUCCGCUUUUAACACCACCUACUCUGGCACUCUGGAACACUUCAGCACACAUAAAAAUCGAAACAGGAUGUUUUUUUCAUUGAAGGUCAAAAUCAGGAAAUCAAACGUUGGAAUUGGUGCCAAAGGACGAUUUGUGCUUUACAUUCAAGCGCGUGCAUGCGUGUAAAGUAAAACAAUUGUUUAUACAGAUCCGAACACACUCCCGCUUAUUCACUUAAACAAUCAAACACACGAGCAGAGUAUCCGGGUUAGUGCGACGAGGUGCCCAGUCCCACGUAGCAUAAGACCGCGGUGCAGCUAUCCUUCGUGAGCCAUUUAACUACCACCUCCUACCUAUUACCACCAGCCUUCCUUCCGUUGCCAAGUUACACCGUAUUGUCCACGGGCUAAGAGCUAAGUAAUUGAGCACACUUCCGACGCAUAGUGGGGCGUAAAUAAGACGGAGAUUGUCGAGAGCGCAAACAGAACAGAGUAUGUACAGCAAACUACUUGCAAAGCCGCCGCAUUUUAUGCGAAAAAAGCUCUCAAAGACGACGCAGGCCGGCGUAGGGCAUCGGCUCGUUCGAGCCCUACGCAGUUGACCUGUUCCCCUUCGGUCUGGUCCCGUUUUGCAUGUCGCGCCCGGGCUUCUCGGGGGGUUGCCAGACUUCCGGCUUCUGGUGGCGUGCGGUGAACCGUUUCCCAGCCUUUUAAACGACACUAAAAAAUUCACUCCGCAACCAGGACACUCCGGGAUACGCUCGACCGAUUUUGCAAAACCGGCUGCCAACAACGCCAGCAAUAUGACUGGCUGACUGGUCGCCUUUCGAGAACUAUUUUUCGGAUUUAUUGUUUUUGUUUCUGCUGUGUUCGAGGUUCGAGACUCGCAAGCUCGGAAAAUUCCUUCCACGCACUUCUUAUGGCAGCAUCGGUGGGCGAGUGCUUAAUGCGACCCGAACUUAAUCACGAACUCAUCUAGUGUCUAAAAACUAUGAUAAAAAUCUUAGCCCCCCACACAAAGAAAUUUACUAUUCUUGUAAUACCAACUAAAUAUCUAGCCACAGGCCGAGGCUUAGCGGACCUGGGACAACUGUAUCGAGUGUACUACGUACUGUGGUUCGGUUCUGAUUUUAUGUCGCUAGCCUCGAACGGGCUACGAGGAGCAGUGAGCAGUGCAGUAAAAUCGUUAGGGAGAAACAGGACUAUAAAUUUGAAAAAAUAAUAUAAAACUACAAAAAAAAUUAACAAAUGUAAAGUGUGUGGCGACCGG